AUGGUAACCAUAACCCAGACUGAGGUAGCAAAAAGUUUAUAUGAAAAAGUCUUCGGUAACAAGAUUGCAAAUUUAAGCCACAUUCCGUCCUCGAUUAUUUCUGGAGCCAUCGGUCAGCCAAAAGUCUCGGCAGCUAUUUUGGAAUCACCUGAUCAACCAACAAAAAAGAAUAGAUUGAAACUAUUGAUAAUUACUAGAAAUUCAGAAUAAACUGAUUACCAAAACAGAUUGCUUUCAAUGAUACAUUGUUUCCCAUUGAAUAAUAAAGCCAAUCACUUUUUGCGUCACAUUUGCUCAUGGGCGUUAAAUAAACUUCACCUGUAAUUGUCAUUAUAAUUCAUUAAUCACUGAAACUCAUCGUUGAAGUUUCACACUAAUCGUUUCAAUUAAAAUCUGUUAUUAAUAACUUUACGUUGAUUUCCCAUACGUUUUUAAAGUAAACAUCAGUACCGAAGAGUUUUCUUUGUGAGCUUCAAGUCAAUUCGCCGGUCCACGAGAGUUCAAGUCAUUCCCAAAAGCCAUGGUUAACUCAACGAUAAGCAUCAAAAUUGCAACUCUGAUUAUAAUUUCCAUGUUAUUCAUUGAAAGUACAGCAAAACAGAGUGUAUGUUUGGUUGAGGGCGAUAUAAAAUGUCCAAAAAAAUCAAGAAAUUUUUCCAGUCAGAAGCACCGUCCAAGAAAUAGCGUAUCAUUAACUCGUAAACGCUCCUACACAAAUGGACCAAGAGAUUUCAAUACUCUUUGGCCGACUCGAACUAUUCCAUAUAAAAUUUCUUUUGAUUACUCAGCUGAUCAGUUAAGUUUAUUGCAAAAAGCAAUGUCAUCAAUCGAGUCUUCAACUUGCAUCAAAUUUGUACCUUAUUCCGGUCAACAAGACUAUGUGAACAUAAUGAGAGGUAAAGGCUGUUAUUCCCGAUGUGGUCGUGUGGUGAGAACAACAACUAAGUUUGGAUCUUGAUUGCUUCAACCAAAAAACUGUAUUUCAUGAAUUGCUACAUUCAAUAGGGUUCUGGCAUGAACAUAAUCGUCCAGAUAGAGAUAAAUUUGUUAAAGUAAUAAGGGAAAACAUU